AUGUCUAACGUUAACCAACUUAUCCUCAAAAUUUCCAAUGUUGUGGGUUUCGCUUUGGUACUUGUCGUAUGCUAUGCUUACCCGCACCAUAAAGAUGAAAAUGAACACAGGGACAAAAUUUUAAUUUACCCGGCUCUAUGGGUAUUCAAAAUCUGGCUUCCUAUUUUUGGGUUGUUGGCUGGUUUUCUGGUUUAUCAGUUCUUCGAAGCUGCUAAUAGUGCGACUGUUGAAGGGAUUAAAUG